AUGCCAGAAGAUGAAAGAAGAAAAAGAGCAGACGAUUUGAGCAAUUCCAUAAUUCAGCUGAUAAACCAGAUGAGAGACGUCGCAGAUGGUCUCUACAGGCACAGCUACGACAUAGAAACAGAAAUACCGCAGAUCAACAAGGCGGUCAUAAGCAGCAUAGAAAAAACUGUAAAUACGAUAAAGGGAGAGCUGCUGGUGUCAGACGAGCUUGUAAAAUAUACACAAAACAAAGAUAGCGAUGUGAAUGUGCUUUUGGAGUACAUAAAAGAGAAGGAAGAGGAAAUGAGCGAGCUCACAAACAAGGCAAAAGGAAAGUCCAAGUACUUCAAAAUGUUCUAUAACGGGAUAAUAAAGAAGGAAGAAUAA